CCCCGGACACCUCCUAUAAAGAUCCUGAACUUUCAUCGAUACAAGGACUCAUUCUCCACCCACUCUCCCAACUACACAUCUUCCUUUAGUCCUCAGAAACUCACAUUACUCAUGAAGAUCUUAGCUAUCCUCUACAAGGGCGGUGAUGCUGCUAAGAGCGAGCCCCGUCUCCUUGGUACUGUGGAGAACCAGCUCGGUAUCCGCAAGUGGCUCGAGUCUCAAGGCCACGAGUACAUCGUUUCAGACUCAAAAGAGGGCGCUGAUAGCGACUUCCAGAAGCACAUCGUUGAUGCUGAAAUCCUGAUUACGACUCCAUUCCACCCCGGGUAUCUCACCGGUGAUUUGGUCGCGAAGGCCAAGAAGCUUAAGCUCUGUGUCACCGCUGGUGUUGGCUCUGACCACAUUGACCUCAACGCCUCUGUCAAAAAUGGUAUUCAGGUCCUGGAGGUCUCAGGAUCCAAUGUCGUCUCCGUCGCUGAGCACGUUGUAAUGUCUAUCCUCCUCCUCGUCAGGAACUUUGUUCCAGCACACGAGAUGAUCGAGCGUGGAGACUGGAUGGUCUCUGAUAUUGCUCGCAAUGCCUUCGAUCUCGAGGGCAAGGUCGUUGGCACCAUUGGUGCUGGUCGUAUCGGCUACCGUGUUCUCCAGCGUCUGAUGCCCUUCGACUGCAAGGAGCUCCUCUACUUCGACUACGCUCCCCUGCCUGAAGCUGCUGGUAAGGCCAUCAAGGCUCGUCGCGUCGAGGACCUCAAGGACUUCGUCUCGCAGUGCGACGUCGUCACCGUCAACUGUCCUCUGCACGAGGGUACACUCGGCCUCGUCAACGCUGAGCUUCUCAAGCACUUCAAGAAGGGUGCAUGGCUCGUCAACACCGCUCGUGGUGCUAUCUGUGACAAGGACGCCGUAGCUGCUGCCCUUGCAAGUGGUCACCUGAACGGUUACGCUGGUGAUGUUUGGAACGUCCAGCCUGCACCCAAAGACCACGUCUUGCGCACAGCUAAGAACGUCCUUGGCGGCGGUAAUGGCAUGGUACCCCAUUACUCUGGUACUACCCUCGAUGCUCAGGCUCGUUACGCAAGCGGCACCAAGAGCAUUAUCGAGAACUACCUCUCUGGCAAGGCUCAGGAGCCUCAAAACAUCAUCGUCGGUAUUGGCAAGUACGAGACCAAGGCUUAUGGUCAACGUUGAACUGCGGGUGCGCCUGCCUGAGACGCUUGCUAAUAUCAUCAUGUAUACAAAACUUAUAUGCACCUGUAUGUCUAUGGGAACAAGGAUGUACAUUACUGAUAGUAGGAAACACACCGAAAUGUCUAUAUGAAUUUCAAUUGCAAAUUCUCACAAGUUCACUGAGUA